GCUUCCAUCAACUGACGUGUCUUUCUGAGGGAAGCGUCGGGAGUUGCUGCUGCUGCUGCUCGGCCCUUCCUUUUCCGCGUUGAGGGCGCCGAGAUGGGGAUUAAAUUUCUUGAAGUAAUCAAGCCCUUCUGCGUUAUCUUACCAGAAAUUCAAAAACCAGAAAGAAAGAUCCAGUUUAAAGAAAAGGUGCUAUGGACAGCUAUCACACUCUUCAUCUUUUUGGUCUGCUGCCAGAUUCCCCUUUUUGGUAUUAUGUCAUCGGAUUCAGCUGACCCCUUUUAUUGGAUAAGAGUAAUUCUGGCUUCUAACAGAGGUACACUGAUGGAACUAGGCAUUUCUCCCAUUGUCACAUCUGGUCUCAUCAUGCAGUUACUGGCUGGUGCCAAAAUAAUUGAAGUUGGGGAUACGCCAAAAGACAGAGCUCUCUUCAAUGGGGCACAGAAAUUGUUUGGCAUGAUUAUUACUAUUGGACAAUCUAUUGUUUAUGUAAUGACUGGGAUGUAUGGAGACCCAUCAGAGAUGGGAGCAGGAAUCUGUCUCCUUAUCACCAUUCAGCUUUUUGUUGCUGGUUUGAUAGUCCUUCUGUUGGACGAACUUCUGCAAAAAGGCUAUGGUCUUGGCUCUGGCAUUUCUCUCUUCAUUGCUACUAAUAUCUGUGAGACAAUUGUAUGGAAGGCAUUCAGCCCAACUACAGUGAACACUGGCCGAGGCAUGGAGUUUGAAGGCGCCAUCAUUGCCCUGUUCCAUCUGCUGGCUACUCGCACAGACAAAGUUAGAGCUCUCAGGGAAGCCUUCUAUCGGCAGAAUCUCCCCAACCUUAUGAACUUGAUUUCCACCAUCUUUGUCUUUGCUGUUGUAAUUUAUUUCCAGGGAUUUAGAGUGGACCUCCCUAUAAAAUCUGCUCGCUACCGUGGACAAUACAAUACCUAUCCAAUCAAGUUAUUCUAUACUUCCAAUAUUCCCAUUAUUCUUCAGUCUGCAUUGGUUUCCAACUUGUAUGUAAUUUCUCAGAUGCUCUCUGCUCGUUUUAGUGGCAACAUAUUGGUUAGCCUUCUGGGCACUUGGUCUGAUACCUCAACUGGCGGUCCUGCCCGUUCAUAUCCUGUUGGUGGUCUUUGUUAUUACCUGUCGCCUCCUGAGUCUUUUACAUCAGUUUUAGACGAUCCUGUUCAUGCAGUUGUUUAUAUUGUGUUUAUGUUGGGUUCCUGUGCUUUCUUUUCCAAAACCUGGAUUGAAGUCUCUGGCUCAUCUGCAAAAGAUGUUGCUAAACAACUGAAAGAGCAACAGAUGGUUAUGAGGGGUCACAGAGAAACCUCCAUGGUUCAUGAACUCAACAGAUACAUUCCAACAGCCGCUGCCUUUGGUGGCCUCUGCAUUGGUGCCCUCUCUGUGCUGGCAGACUUCCUUGGGGCCAUAGGUUCAGGCACGGGAAUCUUGUUGGCUGUCACCAUCAUUUAUCAAUACUUUGAAAUAUUUGUAAAAGAGCAGAGUGAAGUUGGCAGCAUGGGAGCACUUCUCUUCUAAAUGCAAUAUUGUCUCAUGGACCUAGGGACUGGCAAAGAGUGUUUUUAAGUUUUUGAAAAUCAGGUGAAAGAGAUUAACAGUUACACAAAAACACAUGGGCAUAACGCAUUAAUAGAAACACUUCUUUUAAAUGUGUGAAUUUUUUUUCUGAAGCACAUUCCUUCGGUUCAGACUUUAUUGGUAUUUAGUUGCUGUUUUAUAAAUAGCUGGAAAAUGCGUAAAAAAACAUUUUUAGAAAAAAAA